AUUUCCAAAUUAUAAUGUUAAACGUAUUUUGAUUGGAUGUAGGGUAAAAAGAAUAAAAAUGGCAGCUUCCACAAUAAGCACAAAACAGAGAUUGUUAACUCUCAUUGAAGAUGUCGAUAUCGUGUCAAGGGAGUUAUUCGAGAUAAUGAGCACGCCAAAGGGUCAGCAGCGACCAGGAGCCCCAGAGCCUUCAGAACUUAUACAGCUAUUGGUCGAGAAGGAUAAGGAGAUUAAAGCAUGUCUACAAACAGCUAGUAAGCAAGCUGAAGUACAAAAAACAAUUGAUGAGCUGAAACAUGAAGUUGACAAGCGUGAUAUGGACAUUAAGAUUCUACAGAAAAAUCUUAAAGAAGCUGAAAAUGUCCUGUCGACAGCCAUAUUCCAAGCUAAACAGAAGCUGGAGGCAAUCAACAAGGCAAGUGAUCGGCGAAUCUCAUCAGAGGAGCUUAUAAAGUUUGCCCACCGUAUUAGCGCCAGUAAUGCAGUGGAAGCCCCUCCUACUUGGCAGCCUGGUGACCCAAGAAGGCCAUACCCUACUGAUUACGAGAUGCGAGGUGGGUGGCUGGCCAAGAUGAGUGACAUUCCCACCAACACGCCAGCGGUACAAGCUCAGGGAUCAUACGGGGAACCAAUGGCUUCAAAUAGACUAUCAGCAGCAAAUGACCUGCCCCCUCCUGCCCCUCAAGGGACCACAGUGACCUGGCAGACACCUGGUGAACUAGCUGCACCCUCCGGGCCCCACCCCUCAGGAGGCCUUGUGGAUUUCAAGUCUCACAAAGACGUAGAUGAAGUAGAGCUCAUGUCCAGUGAUUCCUCUAGUAGCUCCAGUAGUGACGAGUGAAGGGAGGCAACUCAUGUGUACUUUAAAAAAACAGGGUGUGUUAAAGUUGUCUUCCUUGGUGCAUAGUUCAUUCAAGUGUGUGAAGUGUGGGGAGAUGGUCAAACAGAACAAAUUGAGCAAGUUCAAAAGACAGAUAGAAAGGAAAAUAGUGAUUGGUGAAGGGAGGUAACUCCUGUUUACUUGUGAAUCAUAAUUAAGGGAGGCAACCUAUCUUUGAAGGAAGAACAUUACCGGUACUGUGUACUGGGAGGUCUCAUUUGAGUUGUCUAUCUUGAUAAAAUUGAAUGUGAUGGGUGGUCAUAUGACUAUAUGGAACAGAUUGGGAAAGUUCACAACGAGAGAAAUGAUGUCCGAAAUGGAUAAUUUAUGUGAAUGUAUAUUUUAUGUAUGAAAUGGUCAAUGACAUUUUGACCAAAAUAUGUUAUAAUAUUCUAUGUAAGGUAACACAUAUCUGAUAUGUUCCAUGUCAGUUAGAGCUGUUUUUCAGACAGAUUAAACAUAGAUGUAGCACAUGUAUUAUACGUCUGAUUUGCUUGCUGUAUGCUAGAACUGAGUGAACAUUCCUAUUUUUUGUGCCGUCUGUGAAGCAUGGCAGAAACAUCGGGAUUUAAUUUGUUUGGCAUCCUUAUGGCGUCACACUUUUAUUUCCAAUCAAUAUCAUUUGGACAACUAGGUGUCAAGUCUUCAAACUUGGUAUGCAUAUUGGCCAUGGUCAGUAAAUGACCCCUAUUGAUUUUUAACUUUGGGUCAACUUUCAGGGUCAUUGUGACCUUUAAAAUGUGUGUCUCCAACAUGCAACAUAUCUAAAGAAUUUUUGUUUUCAUUUUUUAUCUUAAAGAAGUAGUUUAACAAAAUUUGCCUUACAUCAUAAAAGCUGGACACAGUCAGGUAUUGUUGGAAAUCCAGCAAAAAAGAAUCACCCAUUACAAACAACAACAUGUUACGGUAGUCAAAUGAUGGAUCACUUUGACAGGUUGUUGUGUUUGCACUGUAAAUGCUGGGCAUUUUUGGUUGCCGGAUUAAGAGUUUUUUACCAUUUUUAUGAUAAUUGCAUCAUUGUAAACAAUGAACAAAAGAUUGUUUGUGUGGUGGAAUAAGUCAUACAUUUUAUGAAUUGUCAACAAUAAACAGAGGGGACUGUGUAUUGUUGUGUGCUUCAAUUUUAAAGCAAAAAGUCAUUAAUUGUUUUUUUGUUGUGAUUCAGCUGUUGUCAUCUUUAAUGUGAUAAGAGGUAUGAUAUUUUUGUCUUUGAAAUGGUAUUGCCAAAGAAAUAAAUGAUU